AUGUCAGCCCAGGUGUUUUAUGAAGUCUGGAAAAAUUAUCAAUCUGGUCCAUUCUUAAUUGAAAAUACAGACAGGACUACACUCGCCAAGGGCACAGUACCAACUUAUUACCAGAUUCGUACAAUCGGGAAACAAAUCCGUAUUAACUACUGGUGGUUUUAUGGCUAUCAACACCCAUGCUUCUUAGAUGAGGGUGCACAUAAUGGUGACUGGGAACAUGUAAUGGUAAUUCUGACAGAAGAUCGCAGUGCUGUAGCUGCUAUCAGCUUUUAUCAACAUGGUCAACAUUACACUCGCAUUGCAGGUCCACGUGAUGCACCAUGCACUCCUAGUGGAAUUGGUCGUUGCUCUGGAUCUUAUGGUUUUUACAGUAGCGGUACUCAUCCAGUCGUAUAUGCUGGCAAACUUGCACACGGCUCUUUUCAUGACAGAAAUGCAUUUAGUCCUCCAGCAGGUGGUGAAUGUGCAUACUACGGUGAUUUUCGCAAUCCGGAAUCAAGUGCUGAUUACUUACAAACAUGGAAGAAUCUGAUCGAUCUUGAUGGAAACGAGGAGUCCUGGAUUGCAGAAGAUAGAACCGCUACUUGGGUAUGGGGUCCAGAUGGUGUUAGUAAACAUCCAACCCAACAUGAUCCAGCUGAUGCUGAACAUUCGAUCGCCUGUGAAGGAAGCGCAACAUAUGGUGUGGCUAAUGCAGGUUGCUAUCAAUCUGAAUGCUUGUCUGGAGAUGACGAGACUGCAACAGCGUGCUUGAAAGAAUGCAAGGUUGGUUAUGUCAAUAUCGGUCUUUAUUGCCAAAAGGGCCGCUGGCCGUGGGAAAUGCAAUUCUACAAUCGUCUGUCGGGGUCAAACUCUUACUCCUACUCUUACACUCUACCACACGAAGAUGUUGGCUUGAGCCGUCGUCGCGACGAUCAAAGCGAAUGGCAACUACCAUAG